AAAUAAACAAAAAAUCAAUAGGUUAAUAUAUAAAUAUUACAAUUACAUCAAAUUGCAUCAAGUUAUAAAAUUAUAAAUAUAAUAUUACGUACAGAUAAAAAAUUAUUAUCAAACAUCUAUAUUAUAAUAUAUUAUACUCUAAAUAUACAAAACAUAAAAAUAUAAAUGAACAUUUUAUAAAAUCAAUGGUUUAUAAAUUUACAUUGAAUGCAAGUUAAAUCUAACAUCCGCACGGAAAUCUAGUAUUUAUUAAUACAGAUUGGUGAACUGUCUUGAAUAUUUCAUAUUUCGCAUUGAAAUUUAAUUCUCUCAAUUUAAUAGCAAGUUAUUAACAUAUAAUCCAAUAUUGAAGUGUUCCGAAUAUUUCAUUUUUCACCUUUUUAACAGAUAAUCCAGUGUUACUGGAAAAAAUAUUCAGUUAAUGAUACCGGCGGUAUUACUGUAUCAGCAAGUUAGCUCUCACUCACUUUCAGACACAUUUAUAAUAGUAUAGUUGUCAUUUAAUUACACACUCGUGUAUUUUGACUGGAACUAUUGCUUGUUCCUUACGUUUGUUGCACUACAACGACCUUUGUCGUUAAUUCACCUAACUAGGUAAAAACAAAAGUACACGUCUUUUUUUAAAACUGGCCUAACAAAAGUAAAUGUCUUAGAUUAUCAGUUAUAUGCAUGCUGUGUAAUAGAAUUGCUAGUCAUAUAUAUAUAAAAAAUUAUCAUUUUUACUAUUAUUUCCACUUAAUAGAUUAUAUGAGAAUAAAAAAAAUACCAUUUUCGAACUUUUAUAGAAGACAAUUAUGAUGAAAAUAAAUUAUAUAUAUAUACAUAUUCUAUUAUAAAUAAUUUCCUUUAAUAAUAUUACGAACAAUCUUUCUAUUUUCGUUUUAUGUUAUUAACACUCUUUUAAACCAAAUGAAUUGGCCUAUUUGCAAAAUUAUUAGAAUAUUUAAUAAAUAAAUAAAAUAUCACAUCUUCAAAUUUUGCUGAAAGAUAAUUAUUUUUAAAAGGAUUUAAAUUACAUGGUAUAUUUUUGCUUUAGAAAAUAUUCAAGUAUAUGAGUUCAGAAAACUUUUAAUUAUUAAUUUUUUUUUUGUAGAAUGUCGUACUCAAAUAAAUUGUUGAAUCAAAAUUGAAUAAAUAAACAGACUCAAUUCUGGCUGAAUAGGAAAUCUAAACUGAAUUUCAACAGUUUUAGUCCAUAACGAUACAAUAAUUUCAAAUUUUAUCAAUAAAGAAAACUUCAAAAAGUCAUGUCAGUUCCAUUUAGUUUUUUUAUAAACAUUUUCCUUGUUUUUAAUAUUCCUGUUAAUAAAUUUUUUAGUUGUGUUUUCUUUUAUCCAAAUAACAUAAAUAAUAAGAGGGAACUGUUUAUAAACACUAAAAACGAAUUUAAAAACGAAAAUAUAUUUUAUAUAGAAUGUGAUUUCAUAAAAAAAAAAUUCAAAAAAUAAUCUUCAAAUUAAGAAAAUAAAUAAUAUUCUCUUUAAAACUUAAUUUAAGCAACAUAAAAUAUAUUUCCAAAGUAAUAAAUAUUUUUUAUAUCUAUCUACUUUCUUUGAUGAAAUUUUUUUUUUAUAUAAUGUGAUUUCAAUGGAAAAGAAAGUUCAAAAAUAAUCUGAUAUUAAUUAAGAAAAUUAUUUAAAAUAUUACAAAAUAUACUUAAACGUCUAAGAUGAAGAACUGAACUAAUGUGAUAAAUUAAACUUAUUCAAUUUAGCUUUAUUAGAAUAUUAAAAUAAUUAUACUUCAAUUUGAAUUUGAAAAAAUAUGUAACUCAACAUUCUCACAAAAUGAGUAAUUCAACAAGUUUAAUUUCUUCUAUCUGAAAUAAAAUAAUUAACAAAAUAAAAUAUAUAUUUUUUAUAAUAAUAUUUUACUUAUUUUAUAGAUAUAAAUUAUUAAAUCAAAACAUAUUAGUUUUAAAAAAUUAUUAACCAAUUUUCACAAUUUAGUUCUUUUAUAAAAUUAUAUAUAGGGAUGAGAUUUGAAAAAUUUUAUCGUUACAUUUAUUUAUACAGUUUUGAGUCAAACACUUUAGUUAAUUUGUUAUUUUAUUCUUAAAAUAAUAAAUAUUAAAUUAUACAUAAUUUUAAUAUAAUAUAUUUACAUAUCUAAGACAACAACCAAACUAAUGCAAGUAAAAAACUAAUAAAAAAUUUAUCUAUUUAGAACAAACAAUAUUAUAUUUGAAUUCAGAGGAGUAAAUACAAUCCAAUAUAUCCAAGUGAUAACCAAACCGACUAAAUAUUACAUAUCUAAAAUUAUAUUUCUAAUUAAAAUAAGAUAGUAUUAUAAAAUAAAUUAAAAUUAAAACUAAAAUAUCAAUCACUUAGUACAAUAUAUUUAAUUUAUAAAUAUUAUAUAUGUGCAUGGGUACAUGAUUACCACCUAGUAUAGUUUCGUAUUGUAUGCAUCUAUGUAUAUGAUCAAUAUAAAAUGUACUAACAAUAAAUUGAUUUUGUGGUUAAACUCUUUGGUUACCUUCAAUAUAACAAUCAGAGAUUUUAGCAACAAAAAAAAACAUAAAAAUCAGAGAUCAUAGAUUUGAUUCACUGGAAGGAUUUUUUUUUUGAGCAGCUAAGCAAUUUUCUCUUUAAAAAGAGAAAUUAUAUAGUUUGGGUUUGCCGAGACAUGCGCAAUUCGCUUAUGAGCCUAGAAUUUUAUAAUCACAAAAAUAUAAUAAAUGUAAUCAUUUUUUGACAAAAUAAUAAAUGUUAUCAUGCCUACAAUAUGUUUCAUUUUCGUCUCUAGUAAUAUUAUAACUACGUAUCGAUAUGCGUAUUGCUAUUUAAGUAAAACUAAUUUAUGAUAUAGGGAUGUCUGUGACUGAUGGUGAACACUAAACAUGCACGCAACAGAGUUAUCUUGCAUUUACCGGAAAAAAAAAAAACAGUUCUAUCUUGCUAACUGUUUGAUGAUUUGAGACAAAGAGACCAAAACAAAUUAGAACCUUCCCAAUUUAUAUUAUCACACAUCCACAUAGACCAUUGAGAUUUUGCCAAGUGCUUGAUCAGAAUUAAGCCAUUAACAAAGAUGGUUUAGUCUCAUAUUUUUUGUUUGUUUUGUCUGUUUGGUCAGAGAUCUUUGUUGUUAACGUCUUAAAAAAAAGUUACACACCUAAUUUUUUUUGUCAACAAAAUAAGCUGUUCUUUUCUGCUUCUUUUUUCUCCGUAUAUCAUCAAGAAAAGACACGUAUUUAGAUGGAUAAUGGAAGGGCGGUACCGAAUCACCUUGACUUGACUUUGCGUAUACCACAUAUAUAUACAUACAUAUUCAUGAAAGAAACAUAUUUUCUUUGUAAUCAAGUUCUCAAACUAUUAGCUCCUUUUAUUUUUUUCUAGCUUCCUCAACAAAUAACAUUUCUAAAGAGAUGGGAAAAUCUUCAAGCUCGGAAGAAAGUGAAGUGAAGAAAGGACCAUGGACUCCAGAGGAAGACGAGAAACUCGUCAGCUAUAUACAGGCGCACGGUCCCGGUAAAUGGCGAACCCUUCCCAAAAACGCCGGGUUAAAAAGAUGCGGGAAGAGUUGUAGGUUGCGAUGGACGAACUAUCUAAGACCCGAUAUUAAGAGAGGAGAGUUCUCUCUUCAAGAGGAAGAGACUAUCAUUCAACUCCAUCGUCUUCUUGGAAACAAAUGGUCUGCCAUUGCUAUUCACUUGCCAGGAAGAACAGAUAACGAGAUAAAAAAUUAUUGGAACACUCACAUAAAAAAGAAACUCUUACGAAUGGGGAUUGAUCCGGUGACUCAUUGUCCCCGGAUUAAUCUUCUUCAACUUUCCUCGUUUCUCACCUCAUCUCUCUUCAAAUCUAUGUCACAACCAAUGAACAUUCCGUUUGGUCUCGCUAAUCCAAGUAUUAAUCACGAACUCUUGCAUCAACUCAAUACCUCUCUCAGCAAUGUUCAAACCGAAUCAUACCAACCUCACCAAGCAAACCAACAGCUUCAAAACGACAACCAAACCAGUUUCACCGGUUUGCUCAACUCAACACCACCGGUUCAAUGGCAAAACAAUGGAGAAUGCUUGGAAAAUUAUCUCAAUUACACCGGUUCUGGUGACCAAUCUAUUAACCAGGCCCCUCUAACGGGAAACUACUCAUCGGCCAUUAAUGACGGUGAGAAUUAUAAGGUCGGGUGGAAUUUCAGUUCUUCAAUGCUACCGGGAACUUCGUCUAGCAGCUCGACUCCGUUGAAUUCAUCUUCCACGGCUUUUAUCAAUGUUGGAAGCGAAGAUGACAAAGAGAGUUACGGAAGCGACAUGUUGAUGUUUCAUCAUCAUCAUCAUGAUCAUGAUAAUAAUGCUUUGAAUCUAUCAUAAUAUGUUACUUCUUCUUCUUGAUCCUACUUGUUUUUUUUUUUUUUAAUUGAGGUUUGUAAUUGUGUUACAUAUUUGAAGAAUUUGAUCUUUUUUUUAUCUUAGAUACGUUAUGCUUUAAUUUUUCUUCUAGUAUCUUAUAAAAAAAUAGUCCGAAGAAUUUUACGCUUGUUUACUCUCAAAAGGUCAGAAGAUGUAUUUUAUUUAAAGAAUGUAAAUUUUUUUUCCAUUUGAACAAAUCAUCUUUAAUUUUGAUAGUUAAGAAUACAGUUAAUGUAGCAGGACAUAAAAAUGAUUAGAUGUAACUGGUCCUUUACUUAUAAAAGGUUAGUUAUCAACUUAUCAUGCAUUCUUUCGAUAAUUUAAUAUAUAUAUAUAAGGAAAAAAAGAAAAAUAAAUGAUAAACUUGUAUUCCCGUGCAUAAUGUCCAAUACAGCUUUAAGAUAGCUUUCAAUAGUGAUCAAUUAAAAGUAAAUGUGUAUAAGAAAUUAAAUUAUGAGAUCUAUAGUCAACGUUGCGCGAGACACCAGACCCCAAUUAUAAAUCUGUUCAUACAGACUUGUAUGAGAUGUAUAGUCAAUCUUUGUUCCAUCAAUUAUUAUUCAAGUUGCAUCUAUUACUUAACAUUAAAGGCAUAACUUAAGGAAAAAAUGACUGCUAACUACAGAAACGAAACAUCAACUACAUGGUCACACAGCUGACAAAUUUAUUGUAUCAAAACUACACAAACUAUAUGAUUCAUAUGAUAACAUCCAUAAACUAUUAUAUGUUAUAAGGCUAACACCACCAAUAUAAUUUUAAUGGCUUAAAAUGUGUUGGACUUGGAAUCCAACAACUUCUAAUGAUGUUUUGACAUUUUCUCAUAUGUUAUUGCUUCUAUAACUUUGCAUUUGAAUGCUUGAUCGGUGUAUUUAUUUUGUUUUUGAUCUUCUAUAUGCCUUAUAAGUGCUAAACCAGCUUGCACUUCCAUAGAACCAAAUCAUAAGCUCGCAUAUGACGAUACUCCAUUUAUUUUGGAUCCGACAUUUUACAGGCGAUUGGUGGUCUUCUUGCGUACUUGUAUAUAAGAUAUAACUUUUGUCAAUAGGAAAGUUUCUCUAAAAUGAUUUUUUAAUUAUUUAUUUAUAUUUAUAUAUCUAUUGAGUAAAGGUAUAAGAAUUUUUACCUCUUUAGUAAAACCUCUUUUAGUAAUUUUGUUUAUUGUAUGCUCUUUGAUA